GGGCAAAGGAGGGGCUGUCGCCAGCCAAGGGGCACUGUCUUCUCUCAGCUGACCCAUCUAUUUCUCCAUGGCGUCUCGUCAACAAACCCGAAUCCAGGCUUACCUGGAGAAAAACAAGAUCGGUCCUCUGUUUGAGGAAUUAAUGACCAAGCUAAUAACUGAGACACCAGACCAGCCAAUCCCAUUUCUCAUUGACCAUCUUCAGUCCAAGCAAGGAAACCGAGGACAGCUGCAAAGAACUUUGUCUGGGUCAGCAGCCCUCUGGGCAGAAAGUGAACCAUCAGAACCCAAAGGAACAAGAAGGGACUUUAGAAGCUAUGAUAAACCUUGGCAGUUGAAUGCAAAGAAGCCUAAAAAAUCAAAAAGCGACCUUGCUGUGUCUAAUAUUUCUCCUCCAUCACCAGACUCCAAAUCAUUUCCAAGGUCAGUAGAACAUCCUCAGUGGAACUGGCGGACUAAACCACAAAGCCGUGAUUUUGAUGAAUUGAACCACAUCCUUCAAGAGAGCAAGAAGCUGGGGAAAGCCCUUGAGAAUCUCUCUCGAAGUAUUGCAAUUUCAGAUGAACUUGAUAAGGAAACAGUGGCUUUCAAUUCUUCUCUUCUGAGACCCCGCGUGAUUGGGGAGUGGAUUGGCAGAGCAGAAAAUGACGCUGAUCCCCUCGCGGCUGAGAUGCUGCAGCCCCCGGUUCCACGGAGUAAGAACGACCCAUGGGAAAAUGAAGAGAGCAGCCCUAGCCCCGCAGGAAGCUUAAAGAUGGAGCCCAAGACGAAAGGGUUAAAACAGCAGCAGCAGCAGCAUAAGAAACUUCUGGCUGCAAUGCUUUCCCAGGAUUCCUUCGAGUCUGUGCAUAGCCCCACCCCAUCUGUCAUAGAAGACGACAUUGACAAUGAAGAUGAUGCAAUGGAGUUGCUGGAAGAUCUUGAUGAUUUAAGAAUGGAGGGCGUUACUACCCUGGUUCUUUCCGGGAGCAAAUUUAACCAAGGUCGUCCUACGCACCCCGCUGAGCCACAGGCCAAAGUCACUCUGAACAUCUGUUCAAGGUGUGCAAGGCUUCAAGGGGAAAAUCUGAUGGAAAGGACAGAUGACACUCUACUACUUCAUUCUCCAGAGGAGAUGGUGCCAGAUUCACUGGAUUCUUUACCUGGGACUGAAGAAACUCUCAUGGAGGAAGGUGAAGAUUUUGAGAGAACAUCAAAAUUAACAGAACUUGGAGAAGACUCCAGUGGAGGACACUCUUUGAAAUCCUACAUGGAAGAAGAUGAGUCUUUAAAGCAAUUGCAGGUUGUGCAUCAGCCAUGGCUCUUGCCAAGUGACACAGAAAGUGAAGGCAUUGAAGCAGAGCAGGACAAACGUCUGUCUCUGAAACAAGCAAAGGAUGUUUCAAGUGGUCCUUAAGGGGACUGAAGCUGAGUAAAUCCUUACAUAUAGUCCCAAUUUGAUGUAUAUAUGACAUCUCUAAAGAAAUGUUAUUUUUCUAAUAAAAACAUAUAUAUAAGCACCUUUGUAAUGAGGGUAUGUAUCUGUCUAUAGUCAGAGAAUAGUAAUUCAGGCAAAAUGGUCUAGUGGUCAUGGAAUCUGAUACCUUUUUGAUUUGAUCAAUGUCUUGUGUUUAUGCUACCUUAUAUGUAGCUUUAAAAUUAAUGUUUGAUAUAUUGAAUAUUGCCUGAAACAAAUGCUUAAAAUUUUAUGAAGAUUAACUUAGCUAGGGUUUUCUACCUCUAUUUUUAUAAUAACAUCUUAUCUUUUGGGUUAAUAAACAUUAAACUUUCCCAAAUGUGCCAAGGUACAGCUUGAGUCCUAGUCAACCAUUAAUUGUGUGACAUUAGCCCCCAAGAUGUAAACUCUACACCAGAAAAAAGUGUUUUUCUCACCACUGCCCCGACAGGGUUAUAUUCCCAUUCCUAUUAAAACAAGACUGUUACUUUAGCAGAACAGAACAAUGAAAAAUGAAAUGCAUGCCCUCAGAGCACUUGCAAGCAAAAUCAUGAAUCAUUUAUGUAAUUAUUGAGUCACCGUAAGAUUAUUCAGUUUAAAUCUCUUGUCUGCUUACUUUUGGAAUGUGCUAUGUGGUAUUCUUAAUAGACAAAUCUCAGUCAAUCUAUUGACUAUGUCUGCUAUCAUUUAUCUUAUUUGUCUUAAUGCAAAUUUUUAGUGGACUUUAAUGGACUAAGGCUAAAUUAUAAAACUCUGUAUAGCUAUAAAAGAAACAAUUGUUAAGGACUAGAAAAUA